AUGACGAACACCAAGUGGAAGCCGAUAAACAAACUCAAAGGCCGUAGUAAUUUCAAGAUGUGGCUUAUGAAACUCACUGUCAUUUUACGAGCCGAAGAUAUAUGUGAUGUAAUACACCACGCAAUGAAGCCCGCCACCAACACCAAUUAUGAACGAGCCUGGAAAGACGAAGAAAUUGGAGAGGGUCAACACUACAUAAUCAAUUCUGUAUCGCCAGACAUAAUGGCUACUCUGAGUGCAACCAUGAAUCCGAAAGAAAUGUUCACAAUGCUAUAA